ACGCGGACUAAUUUUAAAGUUUAUUUCGGGUGUUGUUAGGCUCUGUGAACAGGACUGAAUUUUCGUGGUUUUCGUUAUUAUUAUUUGGAAAGAUGGCACAGGGAGACCCAAUGAAAUGGGGUAUGCCAGGAUGGAGGAUCGAACAGAAGUUUGCACCCGGAGUACUGAUCGGAAACUGGGGAGAGGACAGAUACACAUUUUUAAGAGGUGACCAGAAACACAAUAGCACUCACAGAACUGACUUCAGAAAUUUUGCUGGACAUAGACCAGAUGUGCUUGUUAGGAGGAAAGCUUUGAUGAAGAAUGAUGGAAUAGGACCAGAAGCUCUCUUCCAUCACCAUGGUAACAGGUACUCAAAUAAUAUGGUUUCUUGGUAUGACGAGAACUUUAACGGAAGAUGGAAGGACAAUGCAUUACCUGACCUACGUGACUGGAAUGGUCACCAACUGGCAUGGGCCCCAGAAAAGUCAGACUAUCCCUUACAAGGUAAACCAACAAACUAUGGUUUAUUAGAUACCAUGAAACAGAAAUGGGCAGAUCAGAUCGCUGAUGAAACAAAGGGAGAUUAUUUAUCCACAUACCAGAAUUCAUUCAUCAAACCAUCAGGAGAAGCGUUCACAUCCGUCCGCUAUGCAAUACCUAAAGCACAAUCCACGUCUCUCCACCCAUACAACAGUGUAAACAAAGAUUUAAAGUUACGUGGAGGUACCUCCUUCAAGUCACCUGAAAGACUACCAGAAAUUACUCCAGUUACCGCCUAAUCCUAUUUAUACAUUUAUAAAUAAUAAUUUGAACUUGAAGUUCCCAUUUAUAUUGUAUUCAUUUCAAUAUUUGUUAUGAAAAUUAUGUACAUUCAUAGAAACAUGUGAUAUUUUUUAUAUUGUUAGUUGGAGAUGAGAAACAUCAUUUAGAUGUAUCCCCUUGUUUAUCUUUAUAAAGGGGAGAUAAUUCUGUUAUUUUUUUUCUAACUUCUUGAAUGAAAAUUCAGUGCUUUCUAGAUUAAUACUUACAUAUUUAAUUCAACUUUUCAAAUUCUAAAGGAUUGUGGGACAUUUGUUAAUGUGUACACCAAAAAAGAAAGUAAAAUUAACCCAUUAGAUGAAUAGCCACUGUUUAGAAGGUGUAAGUGAUCAAAUAAUAUUGGUGUAGUCUGUUGAAAAUAUAACCCCAAUUGCUUGUAAGAUUCUGAAAAGGCGAAUAUUAAAUAAGAUUGUCAUUUAUAACUGCUUUUUUAUAAUCAAAAUAUUGCAUUUCUAGUCCUUGUGGCGUUACUUUAUGUUAGAAACUGUUAUUAUGUAUAUGUGACAUCUCUUUUGUAUGAAACAUUUUCUUUUUAUAUUUAAAAAAAAAUAUUAGUUGGUUGUUGAUUAUAAAAAUGAAAUCUACUAGUAAACGUUAAAGCAAAUAAAGGAGUUUCAAAAUUUUUGGUAAAAAUGGAAAUUCGAACCUACUUUGAUAUAAAGGGGUAAACUAUAUUUUUUUAAAGAUAUUAUUUCUUUUGCGCUAUUUCAUUAGAAAGGAUGUUGGUAGGUAGGCAUGGACAUUUCAUAUUUAGACAUGUGUUGUUUGAACAUUUAUGAUUUUAUGUCCAUUUUUUGUAAACAAAAUUACUCAAAAAGGUUGUUGAUUGAAUGAGGAUUUUGAAAGUCCCUAUCCCCUUGUCCAUUUUAAGGGAAAAGCCCUUUAUUAUGGGCCAUUGGCAUUAUAGAAUUUACUUUAGAUUAUCAUUUUCUUUUCUUAGAAAAACUUGUUUUUGUUAUCAUGUACUUAUAAAUUGCAUUAGUGUGUUCAUUUUCAGUAUUACUACAUAUUUUAUAGUUCAUGGAUGAAUGGUAAAUUAUUAUGAAAGACCAAUUAUUCAUAGUUGGGUCAUUAGAGUGACCAAUUAUUCAUAGUUGGGUCAUUAGUGUGUAUAUUUAUUUCUUUAUAAAAUGUAUAUAUAUUUUAUUUUUAUGAUGUAUGUAUCUUUUGCUUUUUAUAGCUUUUUCAACUGAAAAAUAUUUAUUAUGUUAUGUCUUAGCUUUAUGCAUUUAAUAUUAGAAAAGUGUUACACAAAGGGAAAUUUGAUUUUUUAUACUAUUUUGAUAAUGACAAUAAAAAUUAUAAAUUAUAGAUUACAAUUAUAUAAAUAUUAUCUGCACAUAAUUUUUUUUAGAUUUGGGAUGCAAUCUGAAAAAUUUGAACAUAUUGAGAAAAAAAAUCAAAUUUUAAUUUUUUUUUACAAUCGCAGAAUAAGAAAUAAAAAAUUUAUUCCUUUGAUAAUUUGAACUUGAGCAUUGUUGAUAUAUUACCUUUUUUCAUGUUGUGUGUUAAUCUGAGUGCAAUCAUUGUCUGUUUGUAAGUCUUUACAUUUUUUAACACCUUUCAAUUUUUAUGAAAUAAAGGGGACAGUACCCUUGAAAUUGGUACAAAAUACAUAAGAAUUGAAAUCUUUAUAUAAUUGUAAAAUUUAUAAGAAACAUAAAUAAGAAAUUGAACUGAAUCAUUUUUUUAAUUUCGCCUUCAAACAGCUUUUCUUUUAACCGCCCAAACAAUAUUUAUUGAACAUUUGUUUUUUGGAUGAUUUUUUAAAAAUAUACCCCUUAUUGUCACCUUAUGUCCAUGACUUGAAAUAUAUGUUUUUUUAUAUAGACGAAUUAUAUGACACAAAGAGAAUGUUGUUACCACAGUUGUGGAAUCUUGAUAGAUGUAUAGUAUUUAUUAUAAAGUAUUAUUGCACCAAUUAUAUAGGUGUGUGGUUUUUAUCUUUACACUUUUUUGUUAUGCUUGUUGCUGUUUUCUUAGUUAUUUUCUCUUUUUGCUCAAUUUUAUAUGUAUGCAUAUAUUUAUAUAUACAUUUCCAUUAUCAGUAUUAUCAACUAAGUAUUUCAACAUAUUUAUAUGUUUGGAGGUAUCAAUCUUGAAUUUAAUAUAUUAUAUACAUCACUAGAAAUAAGUAUUAAAAUUUUGCUCAGUACAUACAUACUAUAACAGUUUUUAAAUAACUUUUUUUAAAGAAAAGUUUGAAAAUCAUAAACACAUGUUUUACUGAAAGUAUUAAAAGAAAGAAACUGAAGUUAAGUUUUUAAAAAUUCUUCAGGUCAGUUUAAUUCUUACAAAAAUAUGUUGCUCUAAGUGGAGAUAACUCUUCAUAUUAUAUAUUGCUCAUCAACAGAGCCAACUUAAGCAAUGUUGAAAAUCAAUAUUCUUAUCUUUUUCAUAUGAAUCAUGAGUUUAUUAUUAAAUAGCAUUUAUCAUAGUAAUUGUAACUACACAUAUGCUGUGUUUAUAAUCAUUAUUAUACUUGCCUUACUUUUAAUCUUACCUUAUAGCUUUAAUCAUUGUUUUAUAUUUGAACAAUUUGAUGUUUAUUGAAGUGCAUACAUAUAUAGGAAACCAGUAUUUUGUAAGUUUAUUCUGAUAGGUUGUAUUUACAUUCAAAUUCAAGUUUAUUUUUUUGUAAAAACAAAAAAAAAUGGCUCUUUAAAUAAUAUUCAGUCCCAACAUAUUUUAUAAAUUGACUGAAAUACAACAUUUUCUUAAUUAACCAUACAAAUGCAGAACUGUAAGUGUUAGAAAAAAUGGUCAGUGUUUAAUUUCAUUUAAAGUAUUUUUCCUUUUUAGCUGUAGAAAAUGUUGAAUUGAUACUAUUGUAUGUUAGAAAGAUUUCAUGUUUUAAGAACUUUUUAAAAGCUGCGUGUUGUUAAGUUUGAGAAUUUUAUGAUCAUAUUUACAUUAGCACUCUGUGAUACUUCAAAUAAAAAACUGUGAUAAA